AAUAUGCGUGCUUCAAAAAGUAUGACGCAUUCUUUCUCACAGACAUUUAAAAAGCUAAUAAGAAGAAGAGUCCAAUGAAACACUGAUGAAAGUUGAGCCGCCUGUUUUUGCUUUUUAACUCCGCUGAUUUCUCUCGUCUUUAGCAGGUAACCAAACACUUCCCUAAUCCCCCUGCUUAUGAACACCUCACUGCCCGCUUUAAAUUCUAUGAAACCUCACAGAACAAAUGUUCUUCUAAACCUUGCUACGUCUAUAAGAGCCUCGCAGACGACAAAACCCAACCAAAAUGUCCAGAAUUUCAUCGAUGCCCGCCUUGUCAAAACGGGUUUUGACCUAAGCACGUGCCGCUCAAACUUCCUCGUCGAAAGUCUUGUUAAAAGAGGCGAGUUAUCUGAAGCACGCAAAAUGUUUGAUCAAAUGCCUAACAGAAAUACAGUCUCGACGAACAUGAUAAUUUCGGGCUACGUGAAAUCAGGCAACCUUGCAAGCGCUAGAGAGUUGUUUGAUGGCAUGGUGGAACGAACAUCUGUGUCAUGGACAAUUUUAAUAGGUGCCUAUUCGCGUCGUAAUCACUUCAGAGAAGCGUUUAGGCUUUUUGUUGAUAUGCGCCGAGGAGGUUUUGACCCUGACUAUGUGACCUUCGCGACUUUGCUAUCAGGAUGUAAUGACCUGGAUACAGCAAAUGAAGUUAUUCAAGUUCAUGCUAACAUAGUUAAGUUUGGUUAUAAUUCCGCCCUUGUCGUUUGCAAUUCUUUGGUUGAUUCUUAUUGCAAGAUUCGUCGCCUUGAUUUGGCUUGUCGGAUUUUUAAGGAAAUGCCCGAAAAGGAUUCUAUUAGUUUCAAUGCAUUGAUAACAGGACACGCGAAAGUGGGUUUGAAUAAAAAAGCAAUAAGACUCUUCAUUGAGAUGCAACAUCUGGGUUACAAGCCUUCUGACUUUACGUUUGCUGCGGCUUUGUCUGCUGGCAUUGGCUUUGGUGAUAUAGCAUUAGGGCAACUAAUUCAUGCUUUUGUGGUGAAGAGUAAUUUCGUUGGGAAUGUGUUUGUCGGGAAUGCUUUGCUUGAUUUCUACUCGAAGCAUGACAGUGUGGUUGAAGCUAGGAAGCUUUUUGAUGAGAUGCCGGAGGUGGAUGGUAUCUCUUACAAUGUGAUAAUCACAUGCUAUGCAUGGAACGGACUACACAAAGAAUCUCUCAAGCUUUUCAGGGAAUUACACUUCACUAGAUUUGAUAGGAGACAGUUUCCAUUUCCGACCCUGUUGAGCAUAGUAGCAAAUAUGGUAGAGUUGGAAAUUGGUAGGCAGGUCCAUACCCAGGCCAUUGUGACAACAGCCAAUUCUGAAGUUCAAGUUGGAAAUUCUUUGGUUGACAUGUAUGCCAAAUGUGGCAAAUUUGAGGAGGCAAGAAAGAUAUUUGCAACUCUAAGCCAUAAAAGUGGAGUUCCAUCGACGGCUAUGAUCUCAGGUUAUGUACAGAAAGGACUCUUUGAAGAAGGCCUAAAACUGUUCAACCAGAUGCGUAGAGCUGAUGUAAGUGCUGACCAAGCCACUUUUGCUAGCAUCUUAAAAGCUUCUGCAAAUUUAGCUUCAUUGUCACUGGGGAAACAGCUACACUCACUUGUAAUUAGAUCGGGUUUUAUGUCAAAUGUGUUUUCUGGCAGUGCACUCUUGGAUAUGUAUGCGAAAUGUGGAUCACUAAAAGAUUCAAUUCAAACUUUUCAAGAGAUGCCUGAAAGGAAUAUAGUCUCUUGGAACGCGUUGAUAUCGGCUUACGCACAAAAUGGAGAUGGGGAGGCGACUCUUAGAUCAUUUGAAGAGAUUAUUCAUUCAGGAUAUCAACCAGAUUCAGUUAGCUUCCUCACAGUGUUGUCUGCAUGCAGUCACUGUGGACUUGUUGAAGAAGGAUUACAUUACUUCAAGUCCAUGACUCAAACAUACAAACUCAUGCCAAAGAGAGAACACUAUGCAUCUAUGGUUGAUGUGUUGUGUCGUAGAGGACGCUUUGAUGAAGCACAGAAGUUGAUGACUCGAAUGCCAUUUGAGCCCGAUGAGAUCAUGUGGUCAUCAGUUCUCAACUCAUGUAGGAUACAUAAGAACCAAGAAUUGGCUAAAAAAGCAGCUGAUCAACUUUUCAAAAUGGAGGAGCUUAGAGAUGCCGCCCCUUAUGUAAGCAUGUCAAACAUCUACGCAGCUGCAGGCCAGUGGGACAAUGUCGAGAAGGUGAAGAAGGCUAUGCGAGAUCGUGGAGUGAAGAAGGUUCUAGCAUCUAGCUGGGUUGAAAUUAAAAACAAAGUUCAUGUAUUCACAGCAAACGAUAAGUUGCACCCACAAAUGAAGGCAAUCACGAGAAAGAUUGAAAUGUUGAUGAAGCAAAUGGAAAAGGAAGGGUAUAAACCUGAUACAAGCUGCGCCCUUCACGAUGAGGACGAGGAAUUCAAAAUAGAGUCACUUAAAUAUCAUAGUGAAAGAUUAGCAAUUGCAUAUGCACUAAUCUGUACGCCACAAGGGUCACCAAUACUGGUAAUGAAGAACUUGAGAGCCUGUACAGAUUGCCAUGCUGCAAUCAAGUUGAUCUCAAAAAUAGUCAAAAGAGAAAUUACAGUUAGGGAUUCAAGCAGAUUCCAUCAUUUCAUAGAUGGGUUUUGCUCUUGUAAGGAUUAUUGGUGAACUUAUCAA